AUGAUGCCAACCAUUGCUGCCGUAGACGACCCAGUGUCCCACAACUCGCAAGAGUCGGUCCAGUCUGCCGUCUCUAGCACCUUCUCGGCCCCGGCACUACCCUCCUCCUCGAGCAACCUGUCUACCUCCACCACUGCCGAGACGGACCUCACCACCCUCUCGUCGACCAAUGUAGCAAAUCAAAGUAAACCUCUAGAGGCACCAAUGCCUAAACCGUCGAGCCAGACUGCUGCUGGAGACGUGCCAGCUGCACCGCGCAUCGAUACAGCCGCCGCCAAUGCGCUGCAGAAUGGUGGCACAGCAGCCACUUCCAUGACACCAGAAUCUCCAGCAACUCAAGGCUCCAAGAGAACCGUAGAUGGUUCUCUCAAGAGCGCAGGGCCAGUGCCCGAAGCGCCAUCGGUACGCACAUACGCACACAAGAGGAACAAGAGCAUGGAUACACACUCAGGUACUCGCAUUGGAGAGUUAUCCGCACAGCUUAAGACGCGUCUUUCCUACGCCAUGGUCAAAGUCCAGAACGGCUGGGAGAAGCAGUCACUUGACGAGCUCGAAGAAAGCCAGUCACAACGCGGUUCGCCCAAUUCUGCUCCUGGGAGGAGUGAUCAACUAGCGUUUGACUCGCCUGGUACUACCGACCGCCAACGAAGACCAAGCGGCGUCUCUGAUAUAUCGGACCAAAUGAUCAUGUCCCCUGCUUCUGACCCAACUCGAUCACUCGCAGGAACCCCAGCUUGUUAG